AUGUGGGCUCAUUGGGACACUCCCGAUGCAAUUGAGAGGAGCUCCACUGCAUCACAGUGCCGUAACUCAAACCUUGGUAGACUUGGAGUCCACAAACAUGUCUUCGGCCAGAAAUCCCACUUGACAGUGCAACAGGAAAUGGAGGAAGCAUUAGGGCGUCUCGUGUCUCUUGGUGAAGUGUUUAUGAAAACAUAUACCAGAGCAGAUGGCACAUUCGUUGAUCGAAAGGCUGAGAAGGUAGCUCAGGCGUAUGAGAAGAACUUAGAAGAGCUUGUGAGUCAACUGGAUGUGGACGGUCUAGACACUUCAGAGAAUUCUUCCCAACAGUCCACACAUCGAACCCUAACAGUUGAAGAAAAGGAUGAUAUCUUCCUUAAGAUGACAAGGGACACCCUUAUGGACUUGGCGCAAUUGGAGAGACAGUCACCGGGAAAAAAAAGGAAAGAUACUUGUUAUGCAAGCUCUUCCUCAUCAAUCCUAGAGAUGCAAGAACAACUCAAAGCCGCUCGUCAAAAGAUCGCCGAGCAAGAAGCUGAAUAUUCUCGACGUGAUGAGGAGGCACAAGCUGCUCAGAAACACUUGGAGUUACUCUUCUCAUAUGUCAAAAACAAGGAUCCCGUCUUUCCAUCGUUUUUGGCUUCUCAAGCAAACACCACAGCAGCCACAACAUCAGCAGCCACAACAUCAACAGCCGCACCAGCCAAUGCAACAGCCCCUGCACCAGCCACUGCACAAACCAAUGAACCAGCCCCUACACCAGCUGCUCUCUCAAACGAUUCCUCACCCGCACCAAACUCAUAA